GAACACUCGUCCCUCAUAGGCAACGACGACAACCUGGGCCCCGUGCUGCUCUCCAUCAAGACGGAGAACGUGGCCAACCAGGAGCACACCCGUAUCCUCCUGCGGCUCCGCACCGGAACCAUGCACGAGAUAGUCCCGUCCUCGUGCUUAGGUUCCAGCCCCAACCCGGCCAAGAUGGCCAAGCUGCUCAACGAGCAGCUCAACAUUGAAAACUUUGUACCUGUUCUGCAUCCCAAAGCCUCCCAGUUGAUAGCCAACUACGACGAGCACGUCCUCGUCACGAACUUCAAGUUCGGCGUCCUCUACCAACGGUACGGACAAACUACCGAGGAGGACCUCUUCUCCAAUAGCGACACCAGCCCCGCUUUCGACGACUUCCUCUCGCUGCUCGGACAAAGGAUACAACUCAAGGAUCACAAAGGUUACAGGGGUGGUUUGGACAUCCAAAACGGUCACACGGGAGACACGGCGGUCUAUGAUGUCUUCAAGGAGAGGGAGAUCAUGUUCCACGUGUCCACACUCCUGCCGUACACGGAGAACGACCCGCAGCAGUUGCAGAGGAAGAGGCACAUCGGGAACGACAUCGUGGCGAUCGUUUUCCAGGAGGAAAACACGCCGUUUUCGCCCGACAUGAUAGCGUCCCAUUUCUUGCACACCUUCAUCGUCGUGCAAGCCAUCGAUCCCAACUCGUCUAAUACAAGAUAUCUCGAGCAAUAUGCACUCUACGAAAACUAUGAACACUCGUCCCUCAUAGGCAACGACGACAACCUGGGCCCCGUGCUCCUCUCCAUCAAGACGGAGAACGUGGCCAACCAGGAGCACACCCGUAUCCUCCUGCGGCUCCGCACCGGAACCAUGCACGAGAUAGUCCCGUCCUCGUGCUUAGGUUCCAGCCCCAACCCGGCCAAGAUGGCCAAGCUGCUCAACGAGCAGCUCAACAUUGAAAACUUUGUACCUGUUCUGCAUCCCAAAGCCUCCCAGUUGAUAGCCAACUACGACGAGCACGUCCUCGUCACGAACUUCAAGUUCGGCGUCCUCUACCAACGGUACGGACAAACUACCGAGGAGGACCUCUUCUCCAAUAGCGACACCAGCCCCGCUUUCGACGACUUCCUCUCGCUGCUCGGACAAAGGAUACAACUCAAGGAUCACAAAGGUUACAGGGGUGGUUUGGACAUCCAAAACGGUCACACGGGAGACACGGCGGUCUAUGAUGUCUUCAAGGAGAGGGAGAUCAUGUUCCACGUGUCCACACUCCUGCCGUACACGGAGAACGACCCGCAGCAGUUGCAGAGGAAGAGGCACAUCGGGAACGACAUCGUGGCGAUCGUUUUCCAGGAGGAAAACACGCCGUUUUCGCCCGACAUGAUAGCGUCCCAUUUCUUGCACACCUUCAUCGUCGUGCAAGCCAUCGAUCCCAACUCGUCUAAUACAAG